UAUUCCAUUAUCACCGCCUAGUUGUCUCUUCAACUUCCUUAGAUUCACUGCAAUUUCCUUUGUCUUCAUCUCACCAUUAGCCUAAAAACUAGACAGGAAUCUUUAAACAUUAAGACAGCACAGAUAGAUCUUGCAGUGCUGUAUUCAUUUGACUAAUACAGUCAUCAAACACACACAAAAAAAAUAUAUAUUAUAAUAAUUAUAUUAAAAGUGUGAACAAAAGUUUCCACUGUAGGCAUGCAGAUUCUUCAAUGGCUCUUUAAAAAGGCACAAGAACAAGAAAGAAAGAGAAGCACCUAUAUCAAUGAACAAAAUGGUAAAGGGAAUAUUAGUGGACUAAAGCAAGAUGGAUCAUAUAAAAGGACAAAGAGGUUUUCAUGCAGCAAAGAUGGUUACAAGAAUUUGAAGAUAUUCUCUUUACUAUAUAGAAAAGACAUUCCAAAGGCUUGUUUUUUCAGAACCCUUAGCUUAAAGAGAAUAGGCAUUAGUAGAAGACAUUUUGUGUACUCUAUGAAAAUGAAGAAAGAAGAAUCAUCUAGAGAUGAAGGAAUUGUUAACAAGACAGACUCAACAACUCAUGGAGGAAACAAGGUUUUGCCUAUAACUCAAGAAGCACCAUUAUCAUCUUCAGCUGAAAGAAAUGACCAAUGUGAUAAUACAAUAACUAAAGAUCAAGUUAAAGGUGAUAGAAAGAAGCCUAUGUCUAGAAUGAAAGAGUUGCUUAGAUGGGCUGCUGCCUCUGCCAAGACAGAUAAAGGAGGAAAAUUCUAUGGAAGAAAGGUUUUAAUGUUCCGGAGACGUGGAAACCUGAAAGCAGUUCAAGAUGAUGAUCAAGUUUCAACUGAGUCACCAAAGAUCAGUUUCAGAUGGGAUAUGGAAAGCUGUUCCACUACUUCAUCUGCCUACUCAGCUUUCUCAAUGGCCUCUUCAACAAGAAAUGGACAAAACCAAACUGCAACUUCCACCAUAUCCAUCCCUUCUUCACAAAGUGGUCACACCACUUGUAGAAGAAAAGCAAACUGGAUCACAACAGACUCUGAAUUUGUGGUGCUGGAACUAUGAAAUAAAUGUGACAACAGCAGAUGUAUCACAUGUGUGGUGAAGGGGUAGCAGGCAAUCUAUGUCACAAGUUAAUGUUGAAGAUUAAUUUCUAUCAGAUAUUUAGAAAAGAUUUUACGUAACUUAGCUAAAGAUAGAGAUAUUGAGAGGCACAAAGAAAGAGAUGGGAUAUCUGUUGUUAAUGAUCUAAAUGUACUAAGUCUAGAUGAGAAUGAGAAUGUUUGGCAUGUAUAUUAUUAGAGGCAUAAAUUAAUUAAGUAUUUGAUGACUGACCUAAUAAUGUAAUGUAAUAGAUGAGUUUAGAGAGUCAGUGGGACCACUUCCUUUUAAUCUCUA